AUGCUGCGUAAUUGUAUUUACUUGUAUCGACAAGAGCAAACAAUGUUCAACAGAACGACAAUUUUUUCUUUUUAUUUUCGAAUAACUCGAUUGAUCUUCGUUGCAUUACUCUUGAAAUCUGUAAUAACAACAACAACAUCAGGAGAAAGAAAAAUGGCUGAUGAAGACAACAAACUCGAUUUCAUUCCCGGACCUAUAAUUCUCAUUCUUGGAUCGGUGUAUACUCUUAUUGUUCUGUGCAUCUUACUAAUCAUACCGAUACUUCAAUUAGCUUUCGGCGGUGCAUAUCUUGGUCAAUGUCCAGUUGAACAAAACAUUCCGAUAUAUUUGAUUGUCACGGGUGCAUGUGGUCUUGCAAGUAUUCUUCUUACCAUAAUGAUCGUACUUGCAUUUAUAUUACUAAUCAAAAGACAGACUGCAGGGACGGCUGUGACGGCUGCAUGUAUCAUCGCUUGUGUUCUUAUAUUUUUGUUCGUCAUGAGUCUUUUCUUAUUUGCGUGGUUCAUUGCGGGGAACGUAUGGAUCUUUGGAGUUCAUAAAAAAGUUGAUUUAGACGAUGCCUCAUCACCGAACUACUGUCAACCUGUUGCUGUUCAUGUUUUCGUUCUUGUCUUCAAGCAAAAUCAGCGUUCAAACAAGAAUCCUAAUCAAUUGCACAAACACAAACCUUAUGUUUUUACUUUAGUAUUGAUUAUUAUGCUACCAGGCAGUGUGACGCUAAAGGAAACGUGA